CCCAAACUUACUAUUAUGCCCUUUCACUUUUUUUUUUCUCCCUUACAAAAGGUUAAUCAUGUAAUUAACAAAUUCAAUAUUCACCUAUGCCAAUUGUAUCUUUCUUAUUGGUCCAUUCCAACAACUUGUCCCAAACACCAUUUUCAUUUGUUUCUCUUUUCUAAAUUCUUGCACCAAGUGUUACACUCCUAUUGGUCCUCAUUUGAAACACCCACUUUCCCCUCACCCUUUCCCCUCUUUCUCGUAUCUUUCUCUCUCUUUCUUCCUCUCUCCCUUUUCCCCCAUAAACCCUAGCCGUUACUUUCACCACCUGCUUCAUGUUCUUUCUUCAACAAUAUCGGCCUCUUCUUUCACCACCUUCUUCAAUGUCAUCCUUCUUCUCUCUUUCAAUUUUUGCUUCAUAGACACGGCUCUAAACUUUUCUUUUGACGAUUCUAAGCUUUUCCUCUCAAACCCUAAGCACCUUGAGUCACUUUAUCUCUCAAUUUCUCUGCGUCUCAAUCAAAAACCCUUUCCUCUCAAUCUCUGCGCUCCACUUUCAUAUUUAAUCUCUCACAAAUCUCAACCAAAGAUGAACUCUCUCAAAGGGUUUCUACUGGGUGUCUUAAUAGUUGUUAUAAGCAAUCAAUCAUGAUAGAAAGGGUAGUGACAAAACAACACAGUGUGUGAGUGCUUUUUGUUCUGUUUUUCGAUUUACAAUAUUCAUAUUUAAUAUUGUACUCUGUUUUUAAUAUCUUUUAGUGAUUGGAAAUCAACUACUUAGAGUCUCUUCAUCAUCAAGAGCUAAAGCUAAAGAAGCAACUAUCAAGCAAUCAUGAUAAGUUUAUAUAUAUUUCACUAUUUUGGUUUAAAUCUACCCAUUACUAGGAAAUUGCCCAAACUUACUAUUAUGCCCUUUCACUUUUUUUUUCUCCCUUACAAAAGGUUAAUCAUGUAAUUAACAAAUUCAAUAUUCACCUAUGCCAAUUGUAUCUUUCUUAUUGGUCCAUUCCAACAACUUGUCCCAAACACCAUUUUCAUUUGUUUCUCUUUUCUAAAUUCUUGCACCAAGUGUUACACUCCUAUUGGUCCUCAUUUGAAACACCCACUUUCCCCUCACCCUUUCCCCUCUUUCUCGUAUCUUUCUCUCUCUUUCUUCCUCUCUCCCUUUUCCCCCAUAAACCCUAGCCGUUACUUUCACCACCUGCUUCAUGUUCUUUCUUCAACAAUAUCGGCCUCUUCUUUCACCACCUUCUUCAAUGUCAUCCUUCUUCUCUCUUUCAAUUUUUGCUUCAUAGACACGGCUCUAAACUUUUCUUUUGACGAUUCUAAGCUUUUCCUCUCAAACCCUAAGCACCUUGAGUCACUUUAUCUCUCAAUUUCUCUGCGUCUCAAUCAAAAACCCUUUCCUCUCAAUCUCUGCGCUCCACUUUCAUAUUUAAUCUCUCACAAAUCUCAACCAAAGAUGAACUCUCUCAAAGGGUUUCUACUGGGUGUCUUAAUAGUUGUUAUAAGCAAUCAAUCAUGAUAGAAAGGGUAGUGACAAAACAACACAGUGUGUGAGUGCUUUUUGUUCUGUUUUUCGAUUUACAAUAUUCAUAUUUAAUAUUGUACUCUGUUUUUAAUAUCUUUUAGUGAUUGGAAAUCAACUACUUAGAGUCUCUUCAUCAUCAAGAGCUAAAGCUAAAGAAGCAACUAUCAAGCAAUCAUGAUAAGUUUAUAUAUAUUUCACUAUUUUGGUUUAAAUUUGACAUUUUCUUUUUAGUAAUCAGGAUAAGGUUUGUUUUAUAUAAUUUUGUUUAACUUUGUUUGUUGGAAGUAUGCUGCAAAUAUUUAGAAUGUUAAAUAAAUUGAUUUGAAUUGUGGUCUUAUUAUUUGUGUAUCUGCACUAUUAUUCUAUGCAAAAGAAAAAAGUUUAAGUAGCUCACUAACUCUAUGGUCUUUGCAGGUGUAUUACUUUCAAAUGUAUCUUGGUUAUCAUUGGUUUCUUGCAUGGUCUGGUGUUUUUACCUGUAAGUGUUGUUUGAGGUGUUUGGUUUGGCUCCUGCAUUUUCCUUUUACGAGUAAAUAACAACCCGUGUUAGUAGUAGUAGUAGUAGGUGAAGCGACGAGGAGAAGAAAAUUUCUCUUUCAAUCUUGCUUACAAAGUGCUCGAUGAAAUGCUUCUGCCGGUUUCGUGAUUCUUUCUCUUUAUGUUUUCUUAGUUUUAAAAUUUGUUCCCUGUCUUCUCAUUUUUUUGAUAUGUUGGUAUUUUCAACGGGUUUUAAUGACACUUAUGAGAUGCAUAAGCUCUAUAGGAAGGUUAGGAUUGAUGAAAUUAUUUUUUGUGAGAGGUAUAUUACAAUUAGCACUAUUGUAAGUGAACAUUGAAUCAAUAAUGUGUGAUUAUUUGUUUAUUUAGAGAGAGAACACAUUGCUAUACUAAACCAAAAGCUGACAAACUUCCUGCUUUUUUCAGCUAGAUAGUCCAAUUGCUACCAUCUACAUGUAUACAUCUUGCGGUCACUACAUUCUUGGUUCCAAUGCAAGUUUGCUAGCAGAUAGCAAGCAACUAGAGGAAGGAUUUGUUGGAGGUAUUGAAGAUAAGAAACAUAAUCCAGUUCAUGAAAAUGUUCUUCAGAAACAUGUUGCUUUCUUUGAUGUUAACAAAGAUGGUCUUAUUUAUCCAUGGGAGACUUUCCGAGCGAUGCGUGAAAUCGGGGGUGGACUGUUGCAACAAGUUUCUACUGCUCCUAGCUUGGAACAUAUCCUUCUAUUUGAUAUCACUCAUUUUUUAUUUUGGAUAGUUUAUAGUUUAAGAGUCGUGUUCCUUCAUAAAAUGAAUUACAAAUUUAUCUGCUGCAAUUAUUCCUUGAGUAGAGUUGGCAACACAAGUUCUAUUUAUAUCUUUUAUCAGGAGAAGAAAAUUGAAUGUCAAAUACCAUCUACAUAUAUGUAUACAAAUUACAAAUGAGACGUAAAGCAUAAAGAAUAAGAACCAUUGAAUUGACUUACUCUUUUUCUACAACUUUCAAUUUGAUUACAGUCCUUUAGGCUGCAUUAUCAUUACAAACUAUGUUAUUGACCAUGUUAUAUGUGUCAUGAACUGAAGCAAACAUGCGUGUAGGAGACCGAUGUACCAUUGGAUACUAAACACCAACCGGAUAAUAUACAGCAAGACUGUCAAACUAGCAUUGUGUAUUUCAAUAUAAUUAGAGGGAAAGUAUGGUUAAUGGAAUAAUAUUGGCCUUCUUUGUCAUCAAUUUAUUAUUUUAUUAUAAGGAAAUAAUGCGAGUAAAUUUUACCAACUCCUACGAGUUUUAUCUUAUCACUGAAACUCACUAUUUUCACGGGUCACUAUCACCACAAUACUUUUUAUUUUAAUCAACAAAAUAUUUGUGUUCUUGACCUAUCUUAAUCAUUUUUGCUAUUGUAUUCUUGACUUAUCUUAAACCUUUUUUGUGGAUCAUUAUUUUAACUUAGAACCUAAUUUUUAUACAACUAAUAUCUUAUUAGUAAUUUUUUUAAAUGGUUAAUUUCUAUUUUAUAUAUGCAAUUUGGUCAAACUUCGUUACUUCACAUUUUUCGUAUCGUUCAAAAAACACUACACCACUAAUAAAGCACCCGGGCGACAGCACGGGUCUCUGACUAGUUUGAGGAAAGUAAAAAUAUGAAAUGUGGGAGAAGAACCAUUGAAAAUUAAGGGUGCAAACGUGCAUGUUCCUUUUAUUUAAAACCUUCUUACAAAAAUCCAUAAAAAUAGGGUGGAGGAAGAGGUUAUUGUGGAGGACGCAAGCUUAAAAUAUUAUUACGCCAUGCAUAAACAAUGACGGUGGCACGGAACGGGUCCAUGGACAGUGUAUCUUUUUAGUCUAAAAAUUAUAAAAAAAUUAUGUUAAUGUCUGCGUCUGCAAAAGCUAGUAGAAAAAUGAGGCAGGACAGAGUGAAAAUAUUAGAAGGUCUAGGGGUAAAACUUUGACCCGUCUGUGAAAAAGUGUGG